AUGAUCUUCAUCUACGAUGAUCUCGAGAUUCAUGCUAGCGUUGAGUGUGAAGCCGGUAAGCUGGGCAACGCCGAAUAUUGUGAUGGGGCUACGAGGGUGCGUGGUGUGCAUGUGAAUGAGCUGGAUUGUUUGGAAGCUUUCGCACGUGUCGUCAGCAAGUGCAAUCGACCGGGAGCGAAAAUCGAGAGAGGGGGCAUAGAGGCGGACAAGUGCUUGGUGUGGAGGAUGGACAUGGCGAAGCUUGGUGGGAAGCAUCAGGCGGCGCGCCAUGAGGAGCUUUGA